AUGGCCCUGGCUAAAUCUUUCAAGCUCCUCUCGGGAUACGAGAUUCCCGCAGUUGGUCUGGGUACUUGGCAAUCCAAGCCCAAUGAGGUCAAAAACGCUGUCGAGCAUGCUUUGAAGUCGGGAUACCGCCACAUUGACGCCGCGGCCAUCUAUGACAAUGAGAAGGAGGUCGGCGAGGGCGUCAAGGCCUCUGGCGUCCCGAGAAAGGACAUUUUUAUCACCAGCAAGCUCUGGAACACUCAUCACAAGUCCGAGGACGUCGAGGUCGCGUUGGAUAUCACUCUCAAGGACUUGCAGACGGACUACGUCGACCUAUACCUGAUCCACUGGCCCGUGUCGUUCAACAAAAAGGACGAUACCACGCGCUUCCCCCUCCACCCCGAGACGGAGGCCGUCGAUGUCAUCGAUGUCCCCAUCGCCGAGACGUGGAAGGCCAUGGAGGCGCUCGUCAAGAAGGGCAAGAUCCGCACCAUCGGCGUCUCCAACUUCACCCGCCAGAAGAUCGAGGACCUGUGGAAGACGGCCGAGAUCAGGCCGGCGGUGAACCAGAUCGAGGCACACCCGUACCUGCAGCAGCCCGACCUGUUGGCCUGGUCCAAGGAGCAGGGCAUCGUGGUUGAGGCGUACAGCCCCCUUGCGAAUAACAUUUACAACCUUCCUCGUGCCGUUGACGACCCAACAAUCGCCGAGCUCGCAAAGUCUCUGGGCAAGGAGCCGGCUCAGGUUCUCAUCAGCUGGUCCAUUCAGAGGGGCACCGUCGUGCUCCCCAAGUCCGUGUCCCCUUCCCGAAUCGACAAGAACAUUGAGGUCUUUGAGCUCCCCGAGGACGUCUUCGAGAAGAUCAACGCUCUGGACAGGAACCACCGAUACAACUUCCCGGCCCGCCUCGGCGUGGACAUCUUUGACGAGUCGGACCCGGAGAUGCUGAAGAAGGCGAAAGAAACGUGGGUCGCAGAGCAGAAGAAGACCAGGGCGGGCCAAGCAUAG